AUGGGUAUCGCUGUCACUGAAUUUUAUUAUGCACAUUUAUUACAACCAAACAUACGUGAUCGUCUUAUUUCAUUGUGUAUCUCACAUACAUUAGCUAUUGAUAAUGGUUUAUGGUUAGCAUCUAAUAUAUCUGCAUUUAUCAAUCUUCGUCAUUUAUCUUUAAUCGAUAUUAAACGUUCUUGUUUUGAAUUAAUGCUCAAUACAUCUGCAUCCAACACAUCUCUCGUCAUAUUUAACGUACAUUAUACAGAAUACUAUCGAGCUGCAUAUACAUUUAAAGAUGUACCUGAGGGUGCAUAUUAUAAAAGAAUCUUUCGUUUAUUUCCUUUAUUACGUGUAUGUCACCUUCGAUUCUGGCGGUAUAUAUACGACACUCUAGACAGUCAAAUAGUUCUACCACUUAAUAAACCUUUUAUACCGAUUGAAACAAAUCAUUCGAAUUUACAAUCAUUUGUACUUCGAGAAUGUUCAUCAGCUUUUCUCUCACAUUUACUCCAAUAUUAUCCACAAUUGGAAGAACUCACCUUUGAUUUAAGUACACCUUGGCUACCUGAUAAACAUCCAUUAUUGAAUAAUUAUAAAAAUCAAAUUUCUCGUAUUGAUAAACGUUUGGUUCCUAAUUUACGUCGUCUUAAAAUAACAUUAAAAUAUGAUACUAAUGCUAUGGAUCUACUUGAUCAAUUAUUUGAUCAUAAUGUUUUAUUUUCAUUGACAAAAUUCACAUUAGAAGGAAUGGUGACUGGAUCUAAUGUUGUUUCCAAACAAAGUCAUUGGCCAUAUAGUUUAUCAAGAGCUUUGAACAAUCGUUUGACAUGUAUCAAUCAAAUAACAUUGGAUGGUAGAUAUUCUCAAACCAAUGACGAAUGUCUCUCUUACUUACUAACUAUUGUUUCUUGCCAACAAAUUACUUCGCUUACAAUUGAUGAUCCAUUCGAUUUAUGUCAACUACGUUUGCUCUUAUCAAAAACGAUUCAUUUACGUACUCUAGAGCUUCUUUAUUACUUCGAUUAUGAUUUAGAUGAUGAAAGAAACAAGCAAAAUGUAAUCAAACUUUUCAAUGAUACUUCUUUAUGCAAUAUACUCAUGUCAAAUGGAUUAAAAAAACUACAUUUUUAUACGGAUUGGCAAUAUCCAGAUAUAAUAGGUAUUGUUUCUUUAAUUGUCAAACAAUUGCCACAUCUGGAAAUCAUAGAGUUAAACUGUCAUGAUGGUAGUCAAGUUCCUGAAACAUUACAUAUACUAAUAAAUGGUCUUCCAAAAUUGAAUUUUAUCAUUUUUCAUACUCUUUUGACUGGUGAAAAUGAACAGAAGUCAAAAAUGCGUGAUCUUCCGAACCGUUGUAAACGUGCAUAUCGACUGGAGAAUCUUCGAGAACUUGCUCAUGCUACAAUACUUCAUGUAUGGCUUCAAUAA